GCGUGCGCUGAGGGUGCUGAUGGUUGUCCACAUACGAGCUCUGAAUUUCAGCAGCAACGAAAGCUCUGCUCCCAACCUAAGCACCAAUGUCAGUGUUCGGGACACCUUGGUUCCCCAGGACCCCCUCGACCUGAGCAGGCAAGGCCACACGGUGGUGGCAGUAUGCCUUGGGCUCAUUUUGGUCCUGGGAUUCUUCAACAACCUUCUUGUCCUGCUUAUCUUCGCAAAGUUUCGGUCGCUUUGGAUGCCCAUCAACCUCAUCCUUCUGAACAUCAGCGUGAGCGAUAUCCUCGUGUGUAUUUGUGGAACUCCAUUCAGUUUUGCGGCAAGUCUACAGGGGAGAUGGCUCAUUGGACACAAUGGUUGCAAGUGGUACGGCUUCGCCAAUUCGCUUUUCGGGAUCGUGUCCCUGGUGUCUCUGUCCAUUCUGUCCUAUGAGCGCUACGCCACAGUGCAGCGCUCCACCAAGGCUGACGUGUCUGACUUCAGAAAGGCCUGGCUGUGUGUGUGGGGCUCCUGGCUCUAUUCCCUGCUAUGGACCCUGCCCCCCUUCAUGGGCUGGAGCAGCUACGGCCCGGAGGGGGCCGGGACCUCCUGCUCUGUCCAGUGGACCCAGCGCUCUCCGGCCAGUGUCUCCUACGUGGUCUGCCUGUUCAUCUUCUGCCUGCUGCUGCCCCUCAUGAUCAUGGUCUACUCCUACGGCGGGAUACUGGUUGCCAUCGGGGGGGUGGCUAAAACCAACCUGCUGUCAGCCCAGAGGCGAGAGCAGCACAUCCUGCUCAUGGUGCUGUCCAUGGUGUCCUGCUACCUGCUGUGCUGGAUGCCCUACGGCGUCAUGGCCCUGGCGGCUACCUUCGGCCGGUCAGGCCUGGUCACCCCCGUGGCCAGCGUGGUGCCCGCCGUCCUGGCCAAGAGCAGCACCGUAAUCAACCCUGUCAUCUAUGUGCUGUUCAACAACCAGUUUUACAGAUGCUUCGUUGCCUUUGUGAGAUGCAGAGGGGAGCCCCAGUCUGUGUACGGCUUUAACACCCAGCAGAGCAGCAGAGAGGAGAACGCUACACCCGGGAAACCGCUUUCACGCCCCUCCCUGGCCCAAAAACAGCCCUCUCUUUGCUCCCCACACACCAAGAGCUACAGGAGCCCCAGCAAUGCCCCCCUGUGUGGCCUGCGGCGGGAAUGGCGCACCAUGUCUCUGGUGGUCCACUACACCCCCUGAGAACCUCCUCUACUGGGCUGGGGGAACCACACUCUUGAGGUGGGAGAGGCUCAGAGAAAAGAUAGCCACCUGCAUUCUCCUGUGGAACCUUCUGAAUUUCUUUGUGAUCCACUAGAUGAGCAAAGUCAACCCAGUCUUAAGCCCUUAACCAAAAGGAACUGGUCGCGACCCAUCAGUUGUUCCCCAGCCAUCUAGGAAACUCUGCCUUGGAUUCUACAAGAUGUAUACCAACUGGGUCCUCAAUCUCCAGCUCCAGCUCCUGCCUUUACCGUUCUCAUUGUGCAAAAUCCAACAACAUUAACACUUUAAUGUCAGACUCAGCCCACCCUGACCUGUAGCAUUUAAAUUAUCUCUUAAGGCGUCCACAUGCUACCCAGGCGAAAUAGUUCGGAAGAGUUUGUACAUAUAUUAUGAUGACAUUUUGUGAUGUUUUGGACUUCGAGUUUUUCCGGCUGUUUGAGCACACAUUUCUUUCUAGAGGCAAGCCGAAGUUCGGAGCCGAAGUCUACGCCCCAUCGUCGGUGAUUGGUCAACAGAAGGAAUUCUUCAAUAGAGUCUGUCAUUCAACGAUAGACGACUCGUUUUCAUGCAGAUGUUUUCAUUGAGAAAUACUGCACCAAGCAUCUUAGUUAGAUGUAAAAUUGCGCAACUAAGAUCUCCUCGGCAAAAACAUAAAAAGUUGACAGAUUUCUUGAGUUAUUUUAGAUUCAUUCAGACUAUUUUGAGGAAGCGUAUACCAUUGCCGCUUUUUUCUCUUAUUUCAAGCGAAGGUCUUUUAAAGGAGAAUACGAGCACACUCGUUCAGCUAGACGCCUUAGGCUACCUGAAUGUUCUGUCAGUGCCAUGAUGUUUCCUCCUCUCUUUUGAUAUCUCAACACCAGUGCAGUGUCUUACCUAUAUUCUAAUUCAGUCAGAUUGAUGAGCCUGGUGUUAUGUAGCUACAGUACCUUCAGAAAGUAUUCACACCUCUUGACUUUAUUCACAUGUUGUUGUGUUACAGCCUGAAUUUAAAAUGGAUUAAAUUGAGAGUUUUUGUCACUGAUCUACACACGAAACCCCAUAAUGUAAAAGUGGAAUUAUGUUUUUCGAAAUGGUACAAAUUAUUAAAAAAUUAAAUGCUGAAAUGUCUUGAGUCAACAAGUAUUCAACCCCUUUGUUACGGCAAGACUAAAUAUGUUCAGGACUAAAAUGUGCUUAACAAGUCACAUAAGUUGCAUGGAUACACUCUGCAAUAAGUGUUCAACAUGAUUUUUGAAUGACUACCUCAUCUUUGAGGUAGAAAGGUUGCUGGAUCGAAUCCCCAAGCUUACAAGGUAAAAAUCUUUCGCUCUGCCCCUGAACAAGGCAGUUAGGCCAUCAUUGUAAGUAAGAAUUUGUUCUUAACUGGCUUGCCUAGUUAAAUAAAGGUUCAAUUUGUACCCCACACAUACAGAUAAUUGUAAGGUCCCACAGUCAAGCAGUGAAUUUACAACACAGAUUCAACCACAAAGACCCGUUUUCCAAUGCCUCGCAAAGGGCACAUAUUGGUAGAUUGGUAAAAAUACAAAAAAGACAUUGAAUAUCGCUUUGAGCAUGGUGAAGUUAUUAAUGACACUUUGGAUGGUGUAUCAAUACAACCAGUGACUACAAAAGCACAGGCGUCCUUCCUAACUUGGUUGCUGGAGAGAAAGGAAACCGCUCAGGGAUUUUAUCAUGAGGCCAAUGGUGACUUUAAAACAUUUACAGAGUUUAAUGGCUGGGAUAGGAGAAAACUGAGGCUGGAUCAAAACAUUGUAGUUACACCACAAUACUAACCUAAUUGACUGAAUGAAAAGAAGGAAGCCUGUACAGAAUAAAAAUAUUCCAAAACAUUAGUGCCUUGUUGCAAACAGGAUGAAAGUAAUACUGCAAAAAAAGGUGGUAAAGCAAUUAACUUUUUGUUCUGAAUACAAAGUGUUAUGUUUGGGUCAAAUCCAAUAUAACACAUUACUGAGUACCACUCAUAUUUUCAAGCAUAGUGGUGGCUGCAUUGUGUUAUUGUCACGUUCCUGACCUCUUUUCUGUUGUUUUGUAUGUGUUUAAUUGGUCAGGGCGUAAGUUGGGGUGGGUAGUCUAUGUUAUGUGUUUUCUAUGUUGGGUUAAUGGUUUGCCUGGUAUGGUUCUCAAUUAGAGGCAGGUGUGUGUCGUUUCCUCUGAUUGAGAGCCAUAUUAAGGUAGGUUGUUCUCACUGUUUGUUUGUGGGUGAUUGUUCCUGUGUCAGUGUAUACCACAUUGGACUGUUUCGUUUGUUCGUUCGUUUUAGGUAGUCUGUUCCUGUUCGUGCGUUCUUCGUCUAUAUGUAAGUUCGUUUGUUUCAGGUCUGUUGCCUUCGUUUAUUGUUUUGUAGUUUGUUCUAGUGUUUUGUCAGUGUUUUCGUCUUCCAUUCAAUAAAUUAGUAUAUAUUCCUCACCUGCUGCGCCUUGGUCCGUUCAUUCACCACAAGACGAACGUUACAGUUAUGCUUGUAAUUGUUAAGGACUGGGGAGUUUUUCAGGAUAAAAAAUAAACGGAAUGAAGCUAAGCACAGGCAAUAUCGUAGAGGAAAACCUGGUUCAGUCUGCUUUCCACCAGACACUGGGAGAUUGUCCUGCAGAGAUGAGUCUGCAGGACAGUAACCUAAAACACAAGGCCAAAUCUACACUGGAGUUGUUACCAAGAAGACAGUGAAUGUUCCUGAUUGGCCGAGAUACAGUUUUGACUUAAAUCUGCUUGAAGAUCUAUGGCAAGACCUGAAAAUGGUUGUCUAGCAAUGAUCAAUAACAGAUAUGACAGAGCUUGAAGAAUUGUAAAAAGUGUGCAUAUAUUGUAAAAUCCAGGUGUGCAAAGCUCUUUGAAUUACCCAGAAAGGCUCACAGCCGUAAUUGCUACCAAAGGUGAUUCAAACAUGUAUUGACUCAGGGGUUUGAAUACUUCUCUAAUCAAGAUAGUGUUUUUUUGUUCUUUUUUUUUUCAAAUGUUGAAGUGUUCUUUCACUUUGACAGAGUAUUUUGUGUAGGUGGUUGACAAAAAAUGACAAAUCCGUUUUAACACAACAAAAUGUGGAAAAAGUCAAGGGGUGUGAAUACUGUACAGUAUACAGGCUCAUGUUCACUUGAACUGAAGGCAGCACUGGGACUGUUCUACCCGGAAUCACGUUGGAAUUACAUGACACUCUGGGUUAAUUAAACUGUGAGGCUUUGCCAGUAGUGAGGAUUUUUCUAUUCAAACAUUUCCAAUCUUACAUCCACUGUAGCUCUAGCUCUUACCUUAAUUUCAACCUAACUUGAACUUUAACCUUAAAUGUAGCUCUAGCCUUGUAUCUUCAUCCUCAACCUAGCCUUAUGUCAGACUCGCAUCUUUUGCUUUUAAUGCCAGCCUAAGGUAAGCACAUGGAUUUCAAGUUAGAAUGCGGCCCUCACUUAAGAGUGGCAUGCCACCAGAGAGAUGAAUACUUACACCACUAGGGGAAGCCCUACGUCAUAUUACUGAUAGCCACAUAACAUUUAAGUGUUUUUUUGUUUUUUUAUAACUCUCAAAAUCAAAUCAAAUCCAAAUGUAUUUGUUACAUGCACCGAAUACAACAGGUGUAGAGCUUACCGUGAAAUGCUUACUUACAAGCCCUUAACAACAAUGCAGUUCAAGAAAUAAAGUUAAGAAAAUAUUUACUAAAUUAAAAAAAAAAAUUAAUAAAAAGUAACACAAUAAAAUAACAAUAAUGAGGCUAUAUAAAGGUGGUACCGAGUCAAUGUGUGGGGUUACAGGUUAGUUGACGUAAUUUGUACACGUAGGUAGGGGUAAAGUGACUAUGCAUAGAUAAUUAACAGUGAGUAGCAGCAGUGUACAAACAACAGGGGGGGGUCAAUGUAAAUAGUCCCGGUGGCCAUUUGAAACCGCCUAGUAUAUAGGUCCUGGAUGGCAGGAAGCUUGGCCCCAGUGAUGUACUGGACCGUACGCACUACCUUCUGAAGUAACUAACGGUCGGAUGCCUAUACUGUAGAAUGUAUUGCUUGGGCAGUUGUGUAUUGCAGGACAGCUUGCCAGUCUGCUUGUAAAUAUGCUUUAAUAUUAGUCUCAGUAUUGUUGAAGUACAUGGCAUUGUUCAGAUAUUAUUUUAAUUAAAGUUUUCACAUAACCAAGCUGACGCCAAGACAGUUCUUUUGUAACCUGUUGCCAAUGCUGCAUUCAGUAAUGGGACACUCCAAAUGGUGUGUCAUUUCUCUGCUUAGCAAUGUGCAUUAUGAAAAUAAAAGUUGAGUUUAUUUCUAGUUUGUCUAAAGUCCUCUGUUACUGAUAGUGCAGAGUGAAUGUCAACCCAAGACAUUCUCUAUGUCUGCCUCUCAAAUGGCACCCUAUUCUUUUCAUAGUGCUCUACUUUUGACAAAGGCACUAGUCAACGCGAGUGCACUAUAAAAGGGAAUAGGUUGCCAUUUAGGACGCAGACUAACACUCCAAAUGAGCCGGCAGAUGACAUGUGUUGACAUUCUAUGGAAACUGCUUGACUCAAUAGAAUUAGUAAAUGGAAAGAUUCUUGUCUGAGAAACUCCCAACUUGACCAUAGUCUUCCCCUUCUCGAAGUUCCACAUCGUGAUUUCUGUACCCUGUAAGAGUGUGUAGGAGUGUGCACGUGUGUGUAUGUGUCUGUGUGUGCACGCUUGCACCUCGUGUGUCUGUAAGUGAGAAAGGGAGUGAGAGAGAAAUAGUCAUGUAUGCCAGCCUGGGGUGGCAGGUAGUCUAGUGGUUAGAGUGUUGGGCCAAUAACUGAAAGGUUGCUGGAUCGAAUCCCCUAGCUGACAUGGUAAAAAUCUGUCGUUCUGCCUCUGAACAAGGCAGUUAACCCGGUAGGCCGUCAUUGUAAAUAAGAAUUUGUUCUUAACUGAUUUGCCUAGUUAAAUAAAGGUUACAUUUAAAAAAUGUGAUGUAUGAGUCAUGAUACCUGCUGAUGCACUUUAGAAGUCCUGCCCCCUCACGCUGAUGGAGAGAAGUGUCAUUUGCACCCAGGGGUACAAUUUCUGGGAGAACCAAGUAGAAAAUGUAAAUUAUUUCUCUAUAACCUUGGUUCCAUGGGGGAUGUCAGAUCCUGAUCCAGCUGUUAGCAUCCUGCUUGUAUUGGCUUUUAGAGAAGGAAAUGAAGACUUGAGUGUGUUUCAAGUAGCCUACCUCUCAUUAAGGUGCCUGUAAUACAAGCACAGUCAUUUUCUCUCCUGAUUUAACUACUGCAGCUGGGCCAAACAAAUGGCUGCUAAAUAUUUAGCAAAAGGCAGCUAAAUGUUUUCCCCAAAUUGAAUGACAUAAUUAAGGUUUGAAUUAGCGCAAAUGUAAAAAGAUGCUCAUUCCGAGCGCUGGUGUAAAAUACAUUUUAACAGGUAGAUUCAUUAAAUUAGUCUCUAAUUGGCUUAUCCUGCCAAUGAUGACACAGGUGCUGCAUAGACAUACAGUACAAGAUUCAUAAAGUAAGAAGAUAGAGAGAGAGCGAGAGCGUCUGUGUUUGUGUUUUUGGUUUUACCGUCCUUGUGGGGACCAGAAGUCCUCACAAGAAUAGUAAAACAAGGACUAUACAUUUUGUCUGACCCCACAAGGAUAACGUUUAUUUUAGGUUCAAGGGUUAGGGUUAGAAUUAGGGUCAGGGGUUAGGUUUAGGGUCUAAGGUUAGGGUGUGUGUGUGUGUG